GGAAAAAUCCUAAAAAAGCUUCGAUUUUGAACCAUACAAACAUCUACCAUGGCGGAAACUCGUAGCUAGAGAAGAAGAAGAAGAAGCUGCAGUAAUUAGAGAAUGGCUUGUGUCUCGACAUGCUUACUCAUCUCCCCUAAGCUAACUCAAUCGGAGCUCUCAUCAAAAAAGUCUUCGAUUCGCCUCAGAUCUCCCUUCCCCGGAAAGCUAACGGAGAGGUUUCCGAGGAAGUUCAAGAACCGUGAAAUCGCGGUUGUGAGGGCGGCGAGUAUAGAUAAGCUUAGCGGCGGCGCAAUCAGACCAGGAGGAUUGGUGGAGAGCGACAAGAUACCGACGGAUGUCAGAAAACGAGCUAUGGAAGCUGUGGACGAGUGUGGUCGGAGAGUCACUGUCGGUGACGUGGCUAGCAGAGCUGGUCUGAAUGUUACCGAAGCUCAGAAAGCGCUGCAAGCUCUCGCUGCUGAUACUGAUGGGUUUCUCGAGGUUUCGGAUGAAGGCGAUGUGCUUUAUGUUUUCCCAAGGGACUAUCGGUCUAAGCUAGCUACCAAGUCGUUAAGGAUACAGAUUGAACCGUUUCUUGACAAGGCAAAGGGUGCUGCAGACUAUCUCACUCGUGUCUCAUUUGGCACUGCGCUUAUUGCCUCUAUUGUUAUCGUCUACACGACAAUUAUAGUCUUGAUUUCAAGCAGAAGCGAGGAUGAUAACCGUCAGAGAAGACGUGGGCGUGGAUAUGAUUCUGGAUUCAAUUUCUAUAUCAACCCUAUCGAUUUAUUUUGGUACUGGGAUCCAAACUAUUACAACAGGAGACGAGCUCGAGAAGAUGAAGGGAAGGGAAUGAAUUUCAUUGAAUCUGUUUUCUCCUUUGUAUUUGGAGAUGGAGAUCCAAACCAAGGAAUUGAAGAAGAGAGGUGGCAGAUGAUUGGGCGGUAUAUAACUUCGAGAGGAGGUGUUGUUGCAGCUGAUGAACUUGCUCCAUACCUUGAUGUCUCAUCUUCCAAGAGUGCCACGAGCGAUGAAUCCUACAUUCUUCCUGUUCUUCUUCGGUUUGAUGGUCAACCUGAGUUGGAUGACGAGGGAAACAUUCUGUAUCGCUUUCCGUCGCUGCAACGCACAGCUUCUGGAUCUAGUAGAAGAAAGGAAUACGUGGGAAAAUGGUUUGACUUUGUUGCAGAUAUGGACAAGUUCUUCAAGGAGAAAAAAUGGCAAUUUAGUAAAACUAGUUCAUCCGAGAGAGCAAUGGUCGUUGGCCUAGGUGCUUUUAAUCUCUUUGGUGUCAUUGUUCUAAACUCCUUGCUAAAGGAGAUGGCUGUCACACCAAGUGGGUUUCUUACAUUUGUUCAGAACAUUUAUCCACUACUUCAGGUCUACGCAGGUUCAUUUUUCGCCAUCCCUUUGAUUCGGUGGUUUUCGAUAAAGAGAAAGAAUGAACAGAUAGAGAAUAGAAACAAAGCUCGGCUACAGUUUGCACGAGCACUUGAAUCUCCAGAUAUCGCUCUACGGCGUAAGCUACUAAGUGCAAGGGAUAUGGCUCAAAAUACAGUGAUAGGGAAGGAGAGGAUCGUGUAUACUACAGAUAAAGACAUGAUUGAACAAGACUACGAGGCAGAGGAAUGGGACAGACGUUUCCGAGAGGUGGAAAAGUCGGAUUAAAAAUGGACUUGCGACAGCAAAACUCACAAUUGAUCCGGAAGACAGAACUAUCUCAAUAACUUACUUGGACACUCAUCAAGUUGCUGCGGACGACACAAGGCAUGGUAUAUACUAUAUAGAAUUGUUGCUCUCUUUGAGUUGAGACAAGAGAAAGUCAUUGGUUUCACAGGUCUCUUAAGUUAAAGAACUAACACAACCAUACCUGCACUUGGUCUUGGUCUUGUACUCUUGUUUAUAUGUUAUCAUCCAAGAGAUCCUUGCUAGAGUUACCAAAGAAAAAAAUAGAUUAUGUACAGUGAUAUUUAUGUAUAUACAAAAGUCCAUUUUCUUGCUCA